UCGUUAUGAACUACAGAUUCCCCGAGGUGGCAGAGCUGAUCGACGUCUGUUGGCUUGAAAUUAAUGGAAAGCUAAGUACUGAGGAGCUGUCCCGAAACACGUUGUAUGGGAUUUACCUGGUAUUCAAUCUGACAUCUGAAGCAUAUGGUAUGGAUUUUGAUGAAUCGGUGGAAGUUUCAUGUGGGAUAAUGGGAGGAGCUGCUGCAUCCGAAACUCAAACUGUUAUUCUCGACCGUAGGAGAAGUAGUAGCAGCAGCAGCGGAGUAGGGAAUGAGCCAAAGGUGAGAAGAGAUAGGUGGUUGGAGAUAAAGAUGGGAGAGUAUUUCAGUCUGAAUGGAGAAGAUGAUGGUGGUGAUCUCGUGAUGAGUUUGAAGGAGGUUGAAAGACUCAAUUGGAAGACAGGUCUCAUUGUGGAGGGCAUUGAGAUCCGUCCACAAUAGAUGCUACUCAUUU